AUGAUAAUCAAACUUCAUUGUUUUGACAAAGCACUAGAGAUCUGCAAAGUUGCUCGCUGCAAAGUUGCCCAUGGAAACUUUUGGGAUUUCAUAAUACAUCUACAAAAAGUUGAGGCCACUUCAGCCAGAGAUUUUGCUGCUCUUUGUUCUAACCAAGAAAUAGGCCGACAUCGUACGAGGCGACAGAUUGGACAAGAUACUCGAAUCUCGCACAAUACAAGAUUGCUGAGGAAUGACGAAAUAAAUCUUCAGCGGUUCCUUGAGGUUGCAACGGGAUUUUUAGAACCUGCUCGGGAUUUGGUACCUAUGCCUGUGAAUCAGGAGGCACCACAGCACAAUGAUGUUCGUCUUCCAAGGCAUGAUGGUGUCCGUCUGCCAAGAAAUGCUGCUGGAAGGCAACCUCGAAAUGUUGCUGGUAGGCAACCUCGAAAUGCCGCUGGAAGACCACGGGAACAGCGUGCGGGUUUAAAUAAUCCACAUGUCAUCGCAGCUGAUGCACCUGUCGUCGCAGCUGAUAUACCUGUCAUUGCAGCUGAGGAACCUGCCGUGUGACAUGAACCAUUUGCAAUUGUACAUGGCCAACCUACCGUUCCACCAAGAGUUGUGCGAAAUCGCCAAAUGCAACGCCAUCUUCGGCCUGAUGGGGACCCUCCUGCGAUUCCUAUUCACCAGCGACGACGCCGCGGGGAAGGGCCAAACAACGCCGUGGUGGCUGUUGCUCCCGCUGAAGCUGCUGCUCCCGCUGAUGCUGCUGCUCCCCUUGAAGCUGCUGCUCCCGCUGAAGCUGCUGCUCCCGCUGAUGCUGCUGCUCCCCUUGAAGCUGCUGCUCCCGCUGACGCUUCUGCUCCCCUUGAAGCUGCUGCUCCCGCUGACGCUCCUGCUCCCCUUGAAGCUGCUGCUCCCGAUGACGCUCCUGCUCCCCUUGAAGCUGCUGCUCCCGAUGACGCUGCUGAACCAUUUGCCAUUGUACAUGGACAACCUGCCGUUCCACCAAGAGUUGUGCGAAAUCGCCAAAUAACACGCCAUCUUCGGCCUGAUGGGAACGGCCGUGCGAUUCUUAUUCGCCAACGACGACCCCGCGGGGAACGCCCAAACAACGUCGUGGUGGCUGUUGCUCCCGCUGAAGCUGCUGCCCCCGCUGACGCUGGUGCUCCCUUUGAAGCGGCUGCUCCCGAUGACGCUGUUACUCCCGCUUAUUCAGCUGCUCCCGCUGACAUUGCUGCUCCUACAGAGGCUGCUGAACGUAAUCUUUGUGGUGUGUGCCUCAUGAACACAGUUGAUUCUGCUUUUGUGUCAUGUGGGCACAAACUCUGUGCAGCGUGUGCAGAGCGUGUCGGUCCAUUAUGCUGUU